UUAAUGUAGAGAUGGGUGGUAUGUGGUGACUUUAUUCUUGCUUCUGGCAGCCAUAUGAGCCGCGGGGCGGCAGUUACAUCGUGUAGCCUGGUGUGCUACCUUUCCUAGCUAUAUAAAUUGAUAGAAAUGGUAUGCCGCAGGAUAGAUAUAGAUCGCUGGAUAGAUAAGCCCAGUCAGUUAAGGUGCCUUAUGCUGAAUCGGCAAAUAAGUGGGGGGUGGAGAUGGGUAGUAUAGUUUGGCUAGUUAAGGUCAACUCAUCUCGAUUGAGUUCCCUGGACUCUUGUUGUUCCUUUCUUUGUUUAUAUAUAGGAAAUCCGACUAGCACUGCAAUAUGUAUUAGAGGAGCCGUGGAUCUUCAUCAUUCAGAUGCCGAAGUCAGUCAGCUAGAAGGAGGUGUUUACUUCUAUGCACCCCCGCCCCAAAGCGGUGGAAGGUUAAGCUAACUUAACCUACGGUGUUGCCAUGCAUGCCCGGUGAUACAAUUCUACUACCAAACCAAUUAGUUCCCGCCGCCCUCCAGGCUCAACCCCCCCCCCCCCCCCAAACAAAGCAAACCAUUGUUGAACCCGAAGGACCUUCAAUUCCAACCACACGACUCAUAACUAAACCAUUUGCUUCUCUCCGUACUCGACCAAUUGAUUCCACCUACAAUCAUAACUUGCAGCCUACAGCCCAAAACCAUCUACACUCCAUGAACCCCCCGCCCAGGAAACCACCUCGCAAAAAUCAAAGAAUGUCCCACCUCGACGACCUCACCACCCCCGACACCACCAGCGUCAGCGUCAGCAUCAAGGACGACCCCUCCCCCGCCGAAGAAGACCAUACCAAUCCGAAGACAUCCACCACUACCAGCAGCAGCAGCAACCCCCUCCUCAACCCCUCCAACCCCCUCGUCACAGAUCUAGAGCAGGAAGUCCUCGACGAGUACGCCCGGCUCCUCGGGAACGUGAACGCGGUGGGUUUUUCCUUCCUUCCUCCCCUCCCUCCUUGGCCCUACCUUGAGGCGCAUAGCUCAAGCCUAUGUCUAUGCCCUCGAUACACUCCCACCCCCCACUCCCCCAUUCAAAAAGGAACCAAACGCUAAUGGGAUGAGAGGGGCAAAGCUCUCCACCAAACUCGCCGACCUCGCCGGCUCCCCCGCUUCAAUGACCCUCGA